CGCUGUGGCUAACGGAUGGCGGUCUCAUCAUCAUCGUCGGCGGUCAACUAUUUGAUGGCUUUAUUUGCCCAGGAUAGUAAUAGUAGUGGCAGUGUCAGCGGCAGUGGAGGCAGUGGAGCAGCAGCCGAUUCCGAGGACUCCCAGUUGGGUGUGGAGCUGCAAGGCGGGCAGGGAGGUCAGGGAGGAAAUUCCAGGCGGCGACCGCCAAGACAGAAAAUCAACGCAAGGGAACGCUACAGAACAUUCAAUGUAAACUCCGCCUACGAAGCUUUGAGAAACUUAAUACCCACGGAGCCCAUGAAUCGCAAAUUGUCAAAGAUCGAGAUCAUCCGCCUGGCCAGCAGCUAUAUAACCCACCUCAGCAGCACCCUAGAAACAGGAACUGAGUGCCAGCCUUGCUUGCUACACAAGUACGAGAACGAGGGAAUCGCCAGGCGGAUCAGUAUUUGCACUUUCUGUUUGAAAACCAAAUGAAGUCUUAACUUUUCUGAAUAUUAUAUUUUAAACAUCUGUUUCUUGUCGUAUCUUUUGCAUUUAAAGUAUUUUUUAAAGAAAUUUUUGAAAUAAGCGCCAAAGCGAGGCGACGCCCAUAGGAAUUUUCUGGAACUAAAUGUUGACAGAAGGAAACUGCU